AUGGCUUCUUCUUCAUCAUCACCUUCACCAAUUUUUACCAGAAAGUCAACUGACCAAAAAGAUGCAGUACUUUCGCCAAUGCAACGAAAACGACGACAACAUCGAGGUUCUACUCAGAAAUCUUUUUCACAUUCGUCCGACACGGAUGAUGAUGAUGAUGAUGAUGAUGCUGAUGAUGAUGACGAUGAGGAGAACGAUGAUGCUGCUAUUGAAUUGUUAGAUGAACAAACAACAUCAUCUGCUCUUUACGAAGUCAACGCAUCAACACAUCGACAUAUCAAUAGGCAUAAAAAGGCAAAAGAAAAAGAUUAUCAAACAUCUCAGAGAAAUAAUAACAAUAAGCGUGAUCAUAGUUCACAACAGGGCUCGAUCGUUGAUAGUCGAUCGCAUUAUCAAAAUUCUAAAUUUUUACAACAGACAAGAACAACAACAUCCGAUGCCCAAAAAUUCUCAGAAGUAACAUCACAAAAACAAAUAACACAAGAUGAAUACGACGAAUUAAGUAGUAUCAUUGAAAAUACGGACGUUCCACUAUCGACUAUGCAAAGAUUAGCUGAAGAAAACCCACUAGCUCCAUCUCAUUCACAAUCAUCUCAAUCACCAAAUCUUGAUAGACGAGGUGUAACAAAUUUAGUUUCACCGCAAAACUCUCCACUAUCUAAAUCAAACAUGGUUUCGAUUCAAUCUACUUCUUCUCCUCGGCCUCUUCCGAAAUCUUGUAUACCAUCACCUCGACCGUCUGAAACAAACGAAGUUCUGGUCUAUCCAUCGUCGAUUAGUUUAAAGGGUCUUUUAUCAUAUCAAGAUGUGAUCGGUGCUAUUGAACGUGAAUUUCAUUUACAUGAAGGACAGGAACGUGAAAUUAUCAUGAAGUUAUGGCUGAAAGAACAGACAAUGAUGUCAAUUUUACAACGCUAUCGACAUUUACUACAAGAUCUAAAUUUAGACGACGAAGAUUUUCUUGGUGGCAUAAAGAAUAUACGUGAAAUGAUUAAUUAUGCAGAUCGCGAUGUUCAAUAUCUUCGAGAACAAGCAAUAAUGCUUGAAAAUCAAAAUCAUUUUCUUGAAAAUGAAUUUCAUCGACAAUUAGAUAAAAUAGUUGUCGAAAAAAAUGAACAAAUAAGUCGAUUAAUUCAUAUUAUUGAUCAAACUUGUCCACCACCAAUGGAAUAUACAGAUCGCAUUAGUGAUCUUACGCAAUCAUCAGGAAAUCAAGAUCUUGUUGCGCAAAAAUUCAUGCAACAAAAUGUUGAAUUACAACGUCAAUUGGAAACUCUUCGUGCUAAACUUGAAUAUACAUUUGCAUUGCUCAAUGAAAAAUUAGACCAGAAUGCGAAUCCAUCAACAUCGGCAAUAAUUCAAAAUGCUAUCGAACAAAUGCGAAAAUCCGAUACAAAAUUACAAGAACUUGAAUUGAAAUCUUUAUCUCAACAAGAAGAAAAUGAUCUUCUUAGAUAUUUAAUGGAGAGAUCUCAAUAUGCACAAAAUGUUGAUAUAACACAAAUGUGUAGCGUUCUUGAGCAACGUUCACUCGAACGUGAAAUCACUCGUGUUCAUUAUGAACUUGAUUUAACGGAAAAGAAGCUAGUUGACCUUGAACAAAGAUUUGAAAAUUCUGAUGAAAGCGUUAAAUUUAAUAUUGAAGCACUUAAAUUAAAAUGUGAUGUCUUACGGCAACAUAUUGCUACAUGUAAUCAACGAUUAAGCGAAGCUCUGCAACAAACACCAAUGGAUUAUGCAGAUGAUACUCAAAUGCCAAGUGAUGAACGACAAUAUCAAGAUGCCGAUCAAAAUGUUUCGCGACUUGAAAAUGAACUCUUAACAUUACGUGAACGAUACGAUGAUUUAGCUGAAUACUCGAAUACACUCAAACACGAAUUGGAUAAUGCAAGAAGACAAUUACAUGAAGAAUAUGUUAUAACAAAAGAUACGUAUCAGCCAGUUAUGGAUCUCAAUGAUUCAUCGGCUUUAGAGAAUGAACGUCAACGGUCGACUGAACUUGAAAGUGAGCUGAUGUCACUUAAACUAAAGUACGAGGACGUCUGCAAGCGUGUUACUGCUGCAACACUUCAACUUGAACGGGUAAAAGUUUUACUGGAGCAAACAUUACAUCGUUGUGAGCAACUUGAAAAAGAAAAGUUGGAAAUUAAUGCACAAUCAGAAUAUCUCUCACAAAAUGUUGCGAGUGUGACGGCGAAGUAUAAAGAUAAAGUGAAUACAAUUAAAUCACGUCUAGAACAAACUGAUCGUGAUCGACGUGAAGCUCACAUUCGUACUGAACAAUUACAAAAUGAAAUUGAGCGACUUAAAAAUGAACUAACACAUAAAAAAGAAGUGAUUUAUGAAAAGGAUAAACUUAUUCAAGAUGCACAAUAUAAAAGUCGAGAAAUACUUCUUGAACGACAAACAGUUGAAGAUCGAAUAUCAAAUGAAUACAAACGAUUACAUGAACUUGUUGAUAAAAAUCGCUUUCUCGAAGAUGAAUUAGAACGUUUGCGACGUAGUCAGAUACAUGAAAACAUUACUGUUCGACGAACCGAUGUUAUCAAUCUUGAUGCUGGUACAUCUGAUUCAUCCAAUCGCCUGGAAGAAUUACGAACACGAAUCAAUGAUUUUGAAAGACGAUUUGCAGCUGAAAAAGCUUGCAAAGAAUCGUUACAAGUUCAAAUUAAAAUACUCGAAGAAGAAAAUACUGAUCUUCGAGAUAUAAUGAACCAAAUGCGAAAGAGAUCACAAGAUGAUCGACGAACUGAUCGUGAUCGAAAUGAUGAAAUUCAGCAAUUGAUUGCUCGUGCGGAAUCGAACGCUCGUCAAUAUAUGUCAAAUUUUAAUAUAUCAACAACAUCGCCAACAUCGACUUUAGUGAGGAUAAUUCCAGUGUCCUCACCAACAAAAUUCUCAUGA